GGCGAGUCGGCGUGACACUACGAUUUUAUUUGUUUUACUGUGAUUUCGUUCCAUCCAGGACAUCGAAAGAGAAUUUUUCACGACCUGAUGUGAGAAGCUGUGGUUGUAGACUAUGUGGCUAUGCGCAUGUUUCCCAACGUGUGCGCGGCGACCCUACAACGCUCUGAUGUGAUUCGGACAUGCUUUCAAGGCAAGUUGCUUUGUGCGGCUGUGCGCGCGGCGGUCUGGAGCGGACGGAUGUGGUUGCAUUCCAACAUGAAUAGGUUUUAAACUCCGCGCUGGAGCAAGUGACAGAGGUGCUGUUCAGUUACAUGUUACCGUGUCGGAUCGUAGGUUAGACGACACUUGCCGAAGCAGGUGCGGCGUAUGCGUUGACUAUCCACAGGUCGGCUUCAAUUACAGCGAUUUCAAUUUCGGAAUAGCAGGUAGGCUAUCGCGGAGACCACCCCCCUGACACUUGUGGGAUUCCUGACCGCACCAGACCUGGCGCAGCAGACCCGGUCCUUAAAUCCUGAAGUGAAGUCGAGUCCCGCCAGAUUCAGAGAGAGAGAGAGAGGCGGGGAGAAAAGAGCGAGAGACCCGAAAGACACAAGCGUGAGAGAGACUGAGGAGUAAGGGAAGCGAGGAAAAGGAAAAGAGGAAAAGUAGAGGAGCCACGGGUGUGUGCAGUGAUGAUUAUUCCUACAGAUGUCGGCCUCCUAUAAUACACACCGCAUGCAAGGUGCACUUAAUGCUCGGACAGUGUGAGAUUUCAAGAAACGCCUGGAGGGAGACCUUGUCAACAUGAAUACAGGUACAGAGGCCCACUCCCCUGAGCCAGACGUCUGGAGGGCAUACAGCCCUGGGGAGCCCCUGCGAAACGGAGACGCCACCCCCACCCCUUCCUCCUCUCUGGCGGCCAAGGGAUACCGCAGUGUCCGGCCCAACCUGCAGGAGAGGAAAGCCACCACGCCGCCCGCAUCUUCAGCUACUCGGCAGUUUGGCUCCUCAGCUCCUCUGCCUCCUUGGAGCACCUCCUCCCCCAACCUCAACGCUCUCCUCUCUCCACCGUCCGAGCACGCACACCGCUACAUCGGCCUUCAGCAACCAGCCGCCCCUCCUCUGACAGCUCCACCCGCUCCUGUCGCACCUCCCCCGCCACCGGCUCCACAGAGCCCCCCAACGCCGUCCCUGUCCCCGUCCCCGUCCCCGUCGGUGGGCGACCCACGCGGGGGGGCCCACACCCCCGGCUCGGCGUCAGUACUAAGCCACUACUCAGUGCGGAGCGAGGCGUCCACGGCACUGCUGGAGGAGCUGAGGUGCUAUCAGGCCUCGGAAGCCAGCCGGAUGUCCCCUCGCACGCCAUCGCCCACCCUCAGCCAGAGCUCAGCCUUCACCGACGACACCGCGCACACCUCAGCUAGCACCGCCAAUGGCCAGACAGCAGUGAACGGUACCCUAGGUGUGCCAGGAAGCCAUGCGAGCCACCACCCCCUCCAGCGGCCCUUCUCCCCCUCGGCCUACCCGCCACUGCCAUCCUUCAGCCCGGGCCUCUCGCUCCUGUCCGCCUCCCGCAGAAACACCGAACCCAUCAGCAUCAUCAGCAGCAGUGGCACUGGCGGUGACGGGGGUGGCGUUGGCAGUGGUGGCGUCGGGCCAGCCCAUGCCAACACACAUACCCCUGUGGCAUCAGCAGCUCCGGCUCCGGCAUUCGCGCCUGCUGAUGUCCAGGAGAAGGAGGAGGAGGCGCGGACGGCAGGAACCACCACUCCCUCCUCGCUAAAGCCGCAACACUACACGGGUAUUGGGCCAGUGGACGAGUCUGGCAUCCCCAUCGCCAUACGCACGAGUGUGGACAGGCCAAAGGACUGGUACAAGACCAUGUUCAAGCAGAUCCAUGUUGUGCCCAAGUCAGAUGAUUAUGUAAACACCUAUAAUGUUCAUACAGUUAGUAGUUCUGACAAGCGUGGCAUCACCAACUCUAUCCAGUCCCACCCGGCACCUAAGACCCACACUUACCGGCCCCUCCCGAAGAGCGCGUCUGACAACGGCACCUACAGCUUCCAGAAGAGCAGCAGUGCCCCCUCCCCCGUACCCCACUCCUCGCCCGUGCCCUCCCAGCCCCACGCACACACCCACCCUCGCACCCGCGAACGCGAGAAGGAGCCGGCCCUUGACCGCGAACCCGACCGAGACACCACCACCCCAGACAUGAAUGACUGGGGGCCUCCAGACCGUAAAGUGGAUACUCGGAAGUACCGUGCUGAGCCGCGCAGCAUAUUUGAUUACGAGCCGGGCAAAUCCUCCAUUUUGGAACAAGAGAAGGGAGUGACUAAUGUGAAUCCAGAUGAGUUAGACUUAGAGAAUGAGCCCUGGUAUAAGUUCUUUUCUGAGCUGGAGUUUGGGCGGCCGCCUCCCAAAAAACGUCUCGAUUAUAAUCCAGAGAGCAUGCACCGAGCCUUCAAGGAGACUUCUGUGUAUCAGACCCCUAUAGAGAGAAGCCAGGAGCGGCCGUUGAGAAGAACAAUACUAACACCUCACCCUAUGACACCCGAUAACAGCGCUGCCAGUGACAACCGCAAGAGGCGAAAGUCGGAGCCGGCGUCCAGCAGCCAGUCUCGGCCGCAGAGCAGCCAGAGCAGCGGCGUGACCGUGACGCAGAGCGUUAGCCACCCAGGCUCCUUCCUGACCCCCGCCGAGACCCACCAUCAACCCCCCAGCGCCAUCCGCACCGUCCCCAGCGCCCCCCACAAUAUCUACAGCAACAUCCCCACCGGCCCCCCACGCAAGACACAGCCCCUCAGCAGCUCCUCCUCCUCCUCCCCCGCCAGGUCUAAAGAUCCGGAACCUUCUAAGGGCUACACAUAUACACCAGACGGGGGCCGCUACAACAGUGCCCCCCAGAGCAGAAGGCCCACACCAGAAGUACAAGAAAAACAAGCAGCCCGAGCAAUAUAUGACUUCAAGGCACAGACAGCAAAAGAGCUUACAUUUAGGAAGGGGGAUACAGUGUACAUCACACGGCAAGUGGACCGCAACUGGUAUGAAGGGGAAUUACAUGGUCGAAUUGGGAUCUUCCCCAUCUCCUAUGUGCAGAAAAUCGCUCCAACCGAGAGGCAGCAGCCAGCGCGGCCUCCUCCUCCAGCCCAGAGCAGAGAGAUCGGAGAGGCCGUGGCUCGCUACAACUUCAACGCAGACACCAAUGUGGAGCUUUCACUGAGGAAGGGUGAGAGAGUCGUCUUGCUCAGGCAAGUGGAUACCAACUGGUAUGAGGGCAAAAUCCCCAACACCAACAAACAGGGCAUCUUUCCAGUGUCGUAUGUUGACAUUGUCAAGAAGUCCUCGACCAAUUCCACCAAGGACACCACACCGAGCUACAACAACUCAGACAGAGGCCACACUGGAAGCUCCACAAGGCCCUACUCCAAGCGCCCCUGCUCUGGUGCCCCCUCCCCAUCCCCCUCCACUUCCUCCAUGCGUCAGGUCACCUCCCCGUCCCUCGCCCCCCCGCCACGCUCCUCAUCCCACCUCCAGACCGUCACCAACGAGUGGUUAGCGCUCACUCUGGGGCUCUCCCCGUAUGGCACCCCGGCUCCCACACCUCCCCCACUCCCUGCUAGCCUGCGCUCGGAGCUGGAAGCCCUGGAGGCUAUGGUGUCUCCGUCCCCAGCCUCCUCCAUGAUGGACCCCUCUCCCGCCCCCAUGUCCUCCACCGGCAGCCUCACGCCAGCCAUGCUGAACCUGAAGGAGGGACACUUUAUCCCCAUUGGCUCAGCUAAAGGAUUCCCAUACUCCCCGGACCCCAGUCCUUCACCCCAGCCCUACCUGACCUCUGCCUCCUUCACACCCUCCCCAACCUCCCCCAUGUUUGACAGCAACCCCAAGUAUGGCAGCGUCAUCGAGUUGAUCCCUCCAGUCUCUUCCGGUCUUUGCAGCAAGCCUGCGACCACUACUGGCGCACUCUCAUCCCACACAAUCUUUCCACUCUUAUCACGCUCACCCCACUCGCCGAUGCAGACCCAGAAGAGAGUGACACCUUGUGACAUUGGUGCCAUCAUCCUGGAGCCCCUGAAGUCUCCAAGCCCGCUUGUGAUGUCCCCAAGCCCACCAAUGAGGUCCCCAAGUCCACUUCUGAAGUCCCCAAGCCCACCAGUGAGGUCCCCAAGUCCACUUCUGAUGUCCCCAAACCCACCAGUGAGGUCCCCAAGUCCACUUCUAAAGUCCCCAAGCCCACCAGUGAGGUCCCCAAGUCCGCUUCUAAAGUCCCCAAGCCCACCAGUGAGGUCCCCAAGUCCACUUCUGAAGUCCCCAAGCCCACCAGUGCGGUCCCCAAGUCCACUUCUUAAUUUCCCAAGUCCUCCUGUGAAGUCCCCUAGCCCUCCCCUGAAGUCACCCAGCCCGCCUCUUAGUUCUUCCCCCAGUCCACCCUACAGUUCUUUCAGCCCCAUAGAACUGGUAGUGUAUGAACCUGACGAACAGCCCCCAGAGAAGAUCUGGCAGAAGCUGGACAAAAGCCCCCUAGACACAUCCUUUGAGGACUACAAAAACUUCCCGGUGAAGUCCCAUUCCCCGGUAGAGCCCAAAGAUCUGCAGUCCCACUUCUCAAAGGAGCCCAAUGAUUUGCAGUCCCAUCUCUCGGUUCAGCCCAAAGACCUACAGCCCCAUCUUCAGGUGCACAAUCAUCUCUCAGUAGAAAAUAAAGUUCUACAACCCCAUAUUUCAGUUCAGCCCAACAAUCUACACCUCCCUAUUCCCCAAAAAACUCCAUCUCCCGUCAGUGUGCUGCUGUCCCCCAUACAGCUGGAGGAGGAGGAAGAUGAGGAGGAGUGUGAGGAGGUGGCCUACUUCACCAGAGGAGGCCAACUGAAGGAGGAGAGGAUGAAAGAAGAGAGGCUCAAGGAGGAAAGGUUGAAGGAAGAGAGGUUGAAGAAAAAAGAGAAGAAGGAAGUGAUAAAUGAUGAGGAGGAAGAGGGUUUUUACUCACUGGGCUCCAACUUUGUGGACGAUCUGCCUCCACUUUUCAUUGAAGAAGAUACAGGCGACCGGGAGAAGAGUCGGAUGGCGAACGGUCUCUUGAUCUCCAACACUUUCACACCCGUGCGCAUUGAAGUUGCAGACCAAGAGGAGCUUGUUACCCAGGGUGCAUCACCGAGCCUCUCGUCCCCUCCUCCCCCUUCCCAGCAUCCCCACCCCCCACCACACCCCACCCCACCCAAAUCCUCUCCCACCUCUCCCCGCUCUACCCCCCCACUGCCGGCAGUCUCCCUCUCCCCCCCUCUCUCCUCCAAAUUCUCCCCCCGCCCGGAACCUAGGUCCCCCAAGGUCAAGCCUGGGUCUAGGCGUGAUGCCCUCGUGGUGGGUAAGCCACCGCGUAGCCCUGUGAUGUCUCGGAGGUCCUGUGUGUCACCCAUUAGAGGGCCAAGCUAUUCACCCUUGCAUAGGUCACAGAGGCAAGCCUACGUGCAAGAUCCACUGCAAGGAACUGGAGAACCGUUUCAGGCGCUGUACAACUACGCCCCACGCAAUGAGGAUGAGCUGGAGCUGAAGGAAGGAGACAUUGUGGAUGUCAUGGAGAAGUGUGAUGAUGGAUGGUUUGUAGGUAGGAACGUCUAGAAGAAGCAAGUUCUUUGGCACCUUCCCUGGGAACUACGUGAGAAGGAUCUAGCAAGAGAAUGAGGAGCAUGUUCGUCAGGGCACCAGGCCCUGUUACCCACCAUGAACUGGGGAUGGAAGACAACAAAGGCAAAGACAAGGAGCUACCGCAGCCUGUCGUCUGGCCUAGACAUCAUUUGCUAACUGCAACCAAACAAGCAAAGCAUAGAGAUUGAUGAGAAGAAAAGCAACACGGUGGUGAGGGUUCAUGUUUAUUCCAGUCAUGAAGAACAAGUGUGUGUGUGUGUGGCACUGCAGGACAAUUGUGGCCUUUGGAUGGGCUUUUGGUUGCACCAAGGUAGAGGAUUUGGUAUUACUCUAGGUAUUUUUUUUAAAAUGAGGCUAUUCUCAAGUCUGUGAGACGGUGAGAAGACUAUGGCACCUCGAUUUGGAUGACUGUUACGGACACCUUUGACAAAGCUGAAUGAGGACAAUUCUUCACUGACAUUUUUUGCCUUUUUUGUUGUUUUUUUAGGCCAUGCAUGGCAAAUUUAAUGUAAUGAAGAACCAAGUGCCCUAUUUAAUUUCUCUUUUUUUAAUUUAUUAAAUCGUAUAUAUUUUUUUUCUCUCUUCUCCUGCAUUAGGGGUACAAUUUCAUUUGUUGGAGGGCUAGAAAUAGAAUGAUCAUAAUAUUUUUUCCCUAGUUUCUCAUACUUGAGAGAGACUUUUUUUGCCUUGUUUCAUGCACACACGCAUGGUGGAAGUAUUGAGUCUGGGGCAGGUCCCACACUAGCCCCCACCCCUGCUACGACACAACCCCAGUGGAACCAGGCUCCACCACAUCAGUGGAAAUGGUUCCAACCCAGAUGCCGCCUUUGAUCCACCUUGGGUUUAUUUUUGCCUCCAAAAAUAGCCCAUUUCCACAAGUAGCAAUAUACUUAGACAUCUUCCAAAAUCCGGACAGUGAAGGUCAGAAGAAAGCAUCCACCUGAGUUUUCAGAAGUUCACCUCCACCCCUUCUCCAGACAUUCCUCACACGCACGCACGCACGCACAUCGCACGCACACGCACACGCACACGCACUCAGCACACACACACACUCACACACACACACACACACACACACACACACACACACACACACACACACACACACACACACACACACACACACACACACACACACACACACACACACACACACACACCUGCUCUGACUGACAGAGAUGAAACAGAUAUUUAUAACAGAGAUUUAUAGUGAUAUGGAUUAGAUGCAAUACUCCCCUCCGAACUGUAAGGUUAUGAAUAUGUCCGAUUACACUGUUCUCUUCCAGUGCAAAAGCUCCCGUGAUGACUCUAUGUUACUGGAGGGCUAUUGGAGAGUGGGUACCCUACCCUUUAUGCCAGGUUGAAUGUUUGAAGAUGGUCUUUUAAAUGAGAAUCUACUGUAAAAAUCAAUCUACUGUAUACUAUCUAUUCUAGGCCGUCUCAGUGUUUUGUACUGUACCUGUCACCCCACAUGGAAAUGGAUAUGUCAAGAAAAAAAGUAAUCAAACUAUUUUAUUUGAUCAUUCUGGAGAAGUCUUUCCAUUUUGAAAAAAAAUGUUAUUUAAUAUAUUUUGGUAACUUUGCAAUUCCAUUGUAUAAUUGUGUCAAUAUUUAAAUAUUUGUGGGAUGUGGUAGCCCCCAGAAAGGUGCAUUUUGCAGCCAUUUAUGAUAAAUAUCUGUCUUGGUUAUGAUUUUAUUGUAUUCUUUAUAUAGUCAACUAAACUGCAAACUUUAAAUAUAUAUAUAUGCAAAUGUAAUGUAUUAUUCACCGUUUCAUAACCAAAUUAACAUCAAAUUAUUCUGAUGUCAUUCAGGUAAAAAAAAAAAAAAUAUGAUAGUGAUUUGAAAAUAAUUAGAAGCACUUUAAAUUCCAUGAACAGUGGAAUUUAUUUCAUCACACUGCCUGAUGUCGCC